CCAACGUUCUCCGUCGUUUAUAAGGAAUUGGACGGCAGUCAGAUCCUGACCGAUAUAUAUGUCCCCUCUAUUAAGUCAGGUCAAGAGGAUGUAACCAAAGUCCCAGUGAUAUACAUCGUUCAUGGGGGUGGAUGGCUGAUGGGACACCCAGUGAUGAAUCCCAAAGCACAAAUCGAAGAUAGCUUGGAGAGGGGAUGGGUUGUGCUGGCACCAGACCACCGCCUGUGCCCCCAAGUCAACAUCCUGGAAGGUCCUAUGGGCGACAUCCGCUCUCUUCAUGCCUGGGUCCAUGACGGACAUCUAGACCAGGAGCUGCAGGCGCGUUCGUUCCCUCUGGCCAUCGACAAGCGCAAGAUCAUCGCCACUGGAAGUGCAUCGGGCGGUCAUGCCUGUCUCGGUCUAGCCUUUGACACAGGCGUGACUCCCCCGCCGGCAGCCAUCAUGGAUCUGUAUGCGCCCAAGAACUUCGCCCAUCCGUGGUGGACCGGGGUCCGCGAUAAGCUGGAUGUAAACGCACCCAGUUUGACGCCUGAGAUGGAACGAAUGGUCUUCUCCGAAUAUCCUAUCCCCUCGCGUGUGGACCUUCCUGCAAAGCCCGACAGUACCGGAAAAAUCGUCCUCCAGGAGGCAGACUUAUCCCAGCCAACUUACAAGGCUGCCAGGGUCUCCUACGCAACCAACGUUAUUCUCGAACACAGGCUCUUAGAUGUGUGCUAUCCAUAUCCCACUGACCGGACCGUCUCAGCCGAAGAGCAUUACCGGCCCAUUGACCCGAUUCUCAAUGUACAUCCGCGGUGGCCGCCGACCUGCUUCGUCCACGGGAUUGAUGAUAACCUCCUCCCGCACACCUUCACGACUGAGCCUUUGAUGAAGGCACUGCAGCUGAAAGGGGUUCAAUGCAAAUUCAUAGGCAUUGAAGGGGGGAAACAUAUGUUUGUGGUGUCCAUGAACCGGCAGUCGAGGGAAUGGGCAGACCUCGCAAAGGCGAUGGAUUGGGUGGCCGACGUGAUC